CGUCGUCGCAAGCCCGCCCUAUGGGGUUCACGAGCCGGGAGAACGGCAUGCCCGCCAGCUCGCCCACGCUGCAGAAACUGCUAAAAGUCAUCAGGAAUAUCAUCCCGAACUCGCUGCGGAGGUGCGGCAGCUGCGGGGAGCGGGACUGCGUGUGUUGGCGCGCAAACAGAAGAGAUGGUGUCCUUGACGAGCAUAUGGCAAGUGUGGGAGAGCCAAUCGACGCAUUCCCUGGAGAGAGUCCUGCAGCAGGUCACCACAGUCCAGGAGGAGGAGCAAGUGGUCAUCGCCAGCGCCACCUCCACCUCCACCUCUCCGACACACUCCCCGCCUCCGCCGCCCACCCAGUCCCCCCCCCUUCCCCCCGCUCGCCAGUUCUUCCCCCCCCCAUCUACGACCCUCUUCCCGUCGCCGCUCCCGCCCCUGGAAGCCCCCUCGGCCAGGACGUCGGUGGUGGAGUACGACGCGCCGGUGCUGUCGCCAGCCACCCCAGCAGCGCCGCCGACGACGGUAGGAACAUGUUGAUGACGCAGGCACUUGCCGGCCCGAGCGGCGGCGGCGUAGGAGGCGCUGCUGCUGCAGGGAGUGGAGGCGGACUCCCCCACGAGGACUCCACCAACUUUAACACCCUCUCCACCUCUUCCUCCUCCAACACCAACACCACGGCUUCCUCCUCCUCGGGGGCCUCCCACAGGGGCGGCGGCCUUCUCUCUCCAAUUCUAGACCUGCUAGAGCUGGAUUGCAAUGGUGGAGGGUCCGGGGCUGACGAUAACUACCAGACUGGCAGCGGGGAUGGGUCGGAGUGCGAGCCGUGUCACAUUCAGCUGGAUGAGCGACUGGUCAAGACAUACCCCAUCUGGUUCCUGCCUGACCUCCAGCGCUCGGGGGCCGUGCACCUCCUGCAGGGCAAAGACGAAGGGAACUUCAUCGUCCGGCAGAGCAGCAAGCCCGACACCCUGGCGCUGAGCGUCCGCCUCCCGCAGGACAAGGGACCCUACAUCCAGCACUACCUCAUCGAGAUCCACAACCAGGCCACGUAUUCGCUCGAGGCCUCGGAGAACCGCUUCGACACCCCGCCGGCGCUCAUCGCUUACUAUUCGCAGUGCUGUGACGAGUUGCCAGUCCAGCUGAAGUUGCCGCGCGCCGUGCAGGAGGCCAGGACGCGCCACGAGCUGGCGUCCCUGGCGCUCCUUGGCCAAGAGUUCUGGGACACGCCGAUGGCCAGCCCGACCGCCAACACCCCGACCGCCGACGCCCCUCGCAGUGUGGCGCCCACGCCCUCGCCGCGCCCGCAUGACCUCUCCUUCAGCAGCUUCGGGAAGGGCGGCGUGACGCGGGGGAUCUCUUCGUCCAGCCUCCUGUCGCCCAACGCGCAGGGGCUGUGCGGCGCGUCGCUCGCGGGCUCCCUGGCGGGCUCCAUCGGGGGCUCCACCUCCUCGCUGACUCCCAUUCGCCCGGCGCCCCCCGUCCCCUCCCCCGGGGACCGCUCCUCCCUCAACCUCAACCUGGCGCCGCUCGAGGAGAUCCUCAAGGAGCAGCCCAGCCUCUCGUCGUUCCGUUCGCAGCCAGCCACGCCCGUGACGCCGCUCAAGCCGGGCACGCCGGGCACGAAGCCGAUGCCGCCGCCGCGCUCCAGCCCGCCUGGAACGCAGCGCCACGCCCACGCCAGCCCCCCCGGCUCCUACAGGCCCUCCGCCAAGCCCACGCCGCCGACCCGGCUCAGCCCGCCCAUGACGGGCGACGCGGGGACGCCGUCGAGCGAGAACGGGGACAUGACCCCACGCGGGGGCCAGGCGCCCGUGCCGCCCCCCCGGUGGGCGCGGCCGAGCAUCACCUCGACCUCCUCGUCCAACAUCACCGUCACCACCACGCUGACCCUCAACGUGAACCAGGUGAAGGCGCUGCCGGUGCAGAUCGGGGACGACGGCCAGCAGGGCAUGAGCGUGCACGUGGCCAGCCUGGAGAUCUCCCCGACGGGCAGCAACGCCUCGCAGCCCUACAUCACCACCUCGCCCAACGGCAACCAGAGCGGCGCCCUCAACGGCCACCGCGACGCGCUGCACCUGCAGAUCCGCCAGCAGAUCACCUCGCCGCAGAGCACGCCGUGCACGCCGUGCGCUCCGAGCACGCCCCUGGGCGAGGAGGCGCCGGGUAUGCCGCGCGUGCGCCUCCGCAGCGGAAGGCGCGACCGACGCCGCCUCUCGAACCACUACCACGAGGCCAACAUCGUGGAGAACAACGCGCCGUACUGCCGCUCGUCCCUCGCAGACAAGAUCAGUGACUACGAGGACCUGUGGUCGAGUCCGCCGCGCGAGCUGCCUCCCACGCCCACGUCCGCGCAGCCCAAGAUGUCGACCUUUAAGCCACGGAACGAAAUUUCCAAAUCCAUGGGCGAUUUGAGCGAAAUUUCCAAAAACACAAAACCGGUGACUUUCCCGUACGAUUCGGAGAACAAGAAGGAAGAGGAGAGCUUUUACGACAACGGGAAACUGAACGGCACCAGCACGGACUCCGUGAAUUCGUAUCGUAAGAACCCGAGUCCGUUCUACAUGGAGCCGGCCGACGCGCUCCGGGAGCAGCAGCCGCAGGCGAGGAUCAACAAGGCCUCCAACAAGUGCACCAGAAAGAUAACGAACAGAUACUCGGACUCCAACAUUCAGUGGAAGUCGCGCAAGAGCCGCAACUCGCUCAGCAAAAUCGACUCGAAUGAAGACCUGCCUCUGUCUUCCAGCAUCGAAAAUUUGGAGAAUGGGAAGAACCUGGAGGCAGUCAACGAAAACGUGGAGGUGGAGAAGAGCCGCAACCUGGAGGUGGAGAAGAACGAAGUGAACGCAGGCCACCUGAUCAACGGCCAGGCCCGGAACGACGUCCGCCGCCACUCCCGGGCAGGCGGCCGCGGGAAGCCCAUCGCCCCGCCGAGAAUCGGCAGGGACGCUAUGACGCCCAACGGCGAGCGCACUCCAGAGGCGCCCUGGCGAGUGGACUCCUCGUGGGAAUACCUCGGUGUGGGCUCCGACGACGAAGACGCCCCCGGAGGCGAAGGUCGAUUCCCUGUCGGCGACACGGGUGGGGAGUCUGAUAGCGUCAUCAUCCCGGGUGAGCGCACCGUGCAGGAUCUGAUCUCAGAGAAACUCCCCGAUCUGACAUUAUUAGACGACCAGUCUCUGGCCCCAAGCUACACAACCCGUGUCAGUGAAUACGACAAUGUUGGAAGUCAUGCCAGCACAAAGAGUGAAGAUCGCCACCAGCAGCAGAAGCCCCUUUCUCAGCAGCAGCCGCCACCACAGCAGCAACACAGGCCUGUUCGUAGCAUUCCUCCGGAAGAGCGACUGCAGCCUCCUCUUCCGACACACUAUUUCGCCUCGACCGUAAGCGACUCGGGAACCGAAUUUUCCGAGCCUUGGGAUUCCCGUAAGUGGGAGUCAAUAAUGCACUCCGAAGACGACUCCUCGAUAGACCAGUUCCCACGCAGUCCGACCUGCACGCCGGCGCUGCAACCCCCAGAAGACUCGGACAUCGGCGGCGGAGGGAUCACAGACACAGAGUCCAUUGUCCACAUCACCGGAGAACCAGCGGUCAUCAGCGACGAUGACACGACCUCCGUGUCUGGGGUGCCGACCUUGUCCCUCGCCCACGCCCACAACUUGGACACUCACCUGCGGUCAAGAAUAAUGUCACCUCAGCUGCUCGCCUUGAGACAUCGUCAAGAUGCCGAGAAUGGAGUUGCCAUCAAGGACUAUGCCAUUGGUCUUGGGAGUGACACCUCAACCACCUUCAGCAGAGCAGUCAGUAACUUCAUCACCUGCACUCUCGAGAGCCCUGAACGUGAUCCCACUGUGGUGACCCGUAAUGUUCGCCAGUUCAUGUCUGGUAUGAAGAAUUACCUUGUCACAAGUGGGGAGAAGGAAUUUGAAGCCAUUGUUAAGAAGGAGCGAAGUAAUCUGAAAGCCACAGAAUUCCUGAAUCUAGAUGCCAUACUGGAGGAUGUUCUAGUAAGGCUAGUUUUACGUCCUUUGUGGGAUCACAUCAACAAGCUGUUUGUGGAGACUUAUUCAGCAAAUGGCUCAAUUCAGUUACUGGCUACAAAUAUGAAAUAUGCAAGGUCACAGCACUAUGUUCGCCUCGGGAUAAGGCCUGAAUUAUCACCACCUUGUGGGAGAGCCCUUGAAACUAUUCGUGGCUUGUUGACAAGGAUGCAGAGAGUGUAUGCCCCAAGAGAGAAGUUAGAAUACUUGUUAGCUACAAUAUCACAUAUUUACCAAGCAAUGUAUGAAAACCGAGAUGCUCGUGUUUCUGGAGAUGCUGAUGAUCUUGUCCCCAUGAUCAAGUGGGUCCUGAGUCAGUCUGGCCUCGUCUCUGCUGAAGUAGAGGCUGAGUACAUGACGCUCCUUCUGCCAAAUGCCUCCUCAGGGGAAGCCUCGUAUUACCUCCAGGCAUUCCACUCGGCCAUUCAUGCUCUCAAAAACUUCACGCCUUCACCAGAGUCAUCACCUGGAAACAGUCUCGAUUCUGUUAAACAGGUAGAUUAUGCUCAUCAGGAUUUGUCUGUAGUAUCAGAUGAAGGUGUGAUGAAGAUUGUAAUCCCAGAUGAGAAAAAUGGCAGUAUAGUAACCCGCACGUUGCCCAUACGCCCCGGCACAACCACACGUGAAGUGUGCAAGAUGAUGGCACACAAGUUGCGUGUCACAAAUCCACAAGAUUAUGGCCUUUAUAAACUGGUAGAUGGAUUAGAGAGUUUGCUGGCUGACAAUGAAUGUCCACACAAGGUGAAGUCGGAUCUGACCACGCAUGGCUUUCACUGUACUUUUGCCUUCAAACGGAUUGAUGCUAAGAUUGCGUGGCCCUUUCUCUCGUGAUUGACCAUCAGACGUGAUCUCAGAAAAUAAACCAAGAAGGGAAAUGCAGUCAUAUCAAAAGUGAAGAACCAGAGAUGCUGUAAUUGCUCAUGAUCUUACCUGGCAUUUUUGUAUCAGCAGUGGUAAAGAAAAUAGGGCAAAGAGAAAGAUAUACUACAGCAGGCUAAGCAUAUUUCAGAGGUCACUAAUACUUGUUAUCGAAGGUAUUUAUAUUGUAUAUUUGAUAAAUUAUGUGAUGUGCUUAUGAAGUUAUAAUAUACUCAAGCCAUAGCACACUCAAGUAACAUAAGAAGGGCAUUCAACAAGAACAAUAUACUGAAACUUCAAAAAUGUGGUUUGGAAUAGUUUUGCAAAUCGAAUUUGUGUAAUAGUUAAUUUCAAAAGUAAUAAGAUACACAUCACAUACGUAUUAUGUCUGUAAGGUUUCUUGUGUCGUAAAUUUUAAUUUUGUAAUUUUGUAAUUUUCCUAGUGCUUUUUUUUUUUUUUUUUUUUUUUUUUCCAUGGUUGAUAUUGCAUCACUUUCUUAAGACAUAAGUAUGUGUAAAUAUAGCAUGUUAGAACUGUCUUCAGGAUAGGUAUGUGCAGUAGAUCCAUGGCAACUUUGUUUAUGGUGUUUACUUUCUUUUGAGGAUGGCUCUCUUUCUCUCUUUUGUUACGUGGCCUCUGAAAUUAAAGAAAAUAAUUAAAUCAUUACUUGAUAUUAGUUUCAAGAAGAGAAAGAAAUGGAUUAUGUUUUAACUUUCUGGAAGGCAUGUAACUCAGUAACUGAGUGCAUAGUGUAUAUCAUGAAUCUGAAAGUUCACUUUUUAAGACCUAAAGAUACGUAGCUAAUUUAUGAUAAUCAAAAAAAAAAAAAAAGGAAUGAAAUCUUAUAGAGGGUGAAAUGAGAUCAAUGUCCCGGUGGAAGCCAUGUGAGCAGCAGGUGAAUGGCUGAGAAGUAUAAGGAGGAGAACAAGGUCCUAGGUAACCUUGGAUGUAAAUCUCUGAUGUGUAAAGACUAUGAAAGAGUAAUAGUGAUGUGCAUUUAUUAAUAUUGUAUUUGUAUAAUGACAUUUUUUCUUGAUACUUCUUUGAAUGUAAAUAUGUUAAUAUAUGUCACAUAUGUGUUUUUUGGAAUCUCAUCACUUUCUCUUUUAGUUAUUAAAGCCAAAGUAUACUUCUUGAUCUGGCAAAAACAUUUAUUAGGCAAAUAAGGUGACUAAGUAAUUCUUUUUCAUUUUCUCUCCACUAUUCAGAUGUUUUUUUGUGUUCAUAGCCAUUAUUCCUUUCACCAAUAUCAUUGUACUGAUUUUUAUAUACAGGUUUUCCAUUUUGGUAAGAAAAAAAUACAAUCACAGAAGCCAAUAUUUAGAUGAAAUUAGUUGACAUGAGAUUUCAGUAUGAUAUUGUUUUCUUUUUAUUUUAUUUUAUUUUAUUUUAUUUUAAAGAUAUGGCUAGAUAAGGGUCGUUGUAUAUGAAAAGGAUAACUUAAAAUAUUAUUUGUGCACUGUGUGUUGUUUAUCUUUUUCUUCUUCAUCUUCACACAGAUUUUCCCUUCCUGUUUUUCUUCUUGGUUUUCACCCUCUUCUUCCUCUUCUUCUUUGUCUUGUUCUAGACAUAGGAAUAUUCCAGUUAAUAAAAAGAGAGGAAGCUCACAAAAAAAGAUUCUGCAGCUCUCAGUUAGAAACAAAGAAAUUAGAACCCUUUCCACAGCCACAGGAGAGGUUGGUUAUUAGUUGCUCCCAAGAUCUUCAGUUGCUGUUUCAUGUAACCCUUGAUGAUAGGCCUUAGUUUUGCUCAAGAUGGUAGCUGUAGGUCCGUGUUGUGGUAAUGAUAAGAACUGGUAGGCUAGGCAACAGCUUGUAAUGGAUAUCUCAGUCUUACCAAUUUGAAUGUACAUAUUAGCAGAUGGUGAGAGGGAAGCUUUCUUAACCAUUAUAUUUAUAUACAUUUCACAUUAAUAUUUUUUUUGGAGAGAAGAGAAAAAAAAUGAUGCAAGAUCUUAACUUUUAACAGAAUUUAACACUUAUUUGAUAAUGCUUCCCCCGAACUGAUCAAGAAGAUAUUGUGACACAGUGGGUGAACCCCCUAAUGUACUCAAGCAUACAUAUUGCCACAAAAUGACCUCGUAUCGUGUAUACAGUGCCAUUCACAUUUUUUAACUUUAGUGCUGGAUUAUUAGGCACACAGCAUUUACCACCAGGGAUUUUGGUCUUUUUUUCUAUAAGCUGCAGAGGAUGAUUUUCUACUUUUAUAAUAAACUCUAACCAUAUCACACUCAGUGUAGUUUAGAGAGGGACACUGAUAUUAUGUGUAAGAUUCACCAGUCUUCUUGUAUAUAGUCCAGUUUCUUUGCAAAUAAUGCUGAAUGGCUGUGUUACAGUUGGUGUAAGGGUGACCCGUAUUAUUGGUUUCAAAUCUCUUAUUGUAUUUUGUGUAUGUGAUAAUUGGGGUCUUCAUAUUUCUGUAUUAUUGUUUAGAGUAGUUUAAUGACAAAAUUACCAACAAAAUGGUUCAGAUUUGAUAAUCAAAGUUUCCUAAAUACUUGAAAGCAAAAGGAAUCAAAAAUACGGGUAACCAUGUUUGUGUACAAUGUCUAGUCAUUGCUUGGUAACUGUAGUUGCAUUAAAGCUUUUUAUAUACUAAUAUCAAACAUUAUUAAACCUAUUUCCAGAUCUUGUGAAUGAAAAUGUGCCGGUAUAUUGGAAUUCAUGAUGUGAUUAAAAUGUUCUAAAGUGUCUAUAGUUAAUAAAAAUGCUCACUGAU